AUGGCUUCUUCCUCAACCACCUCCGGCUGCUCCAGCAUGUCCUCCAACAUCACCUUUGGCCUUGAGUACGAGCUCAAGCUUCGUCUCACCGCCGACCAACUCAAACAAGAAAUCAGUGGUAACGUCAAGGUCGUAAGCAACCCUGGUGAGGUCAGACUUUCCAAAGUCGGCCCCCAGUACCUCAAAAACGAGUACCGCAAUUUCGCCUUUCUCGAUCCCAACAGCAGUGCUCCAAGGACAUCUCUCGUGACGAGAGCUGACGGUCAAGCAAGUCUUUACCGCGGCUACUCUACCGAAGCCUUGAGCAUCAUGCAAAAAAGACUACAGGUAGCCCCUGGUCUCGGAUCGACAAGCAUCUAUCAAGGUGCUGGCAAACAAGCCGACUUUUCAGCUGCUCGUCUUCAUCUCACCCAUGACGCCAGCUUGAACGGUCUCAGCAAAUCAGCCAAAAUCGCCACCGGGCUAUGUACGUCAGAGCAAGCAGAAACCACCGACUUUGUCGGCACGGAAAUUGUUACAGCUCCCCAUAGCUCGCCUCGCGAAGCCUGCGAUGAAGUCAAUAGAAUUUCCGCAGCCCUUCGUAGCGAUGGCCUCAACUACAUCAUCGACGAUGAAUGUGCCAUGCACAUCCACGUCGGUAAACAGGACGGCACACCGUUCAGCGUCAGGACUCUUCAGAAUCUUGCAUACCUCACCCUCAUUUAUGAGCAUGAGCUUGCCCGCAUGACAGUCCCACGCAAACGGGGUACCGAUUUCGAGACAUUAUCAAACCGUGUCGAUUUCGCUACCGAGUGCCCGUCUCCAACAGAACACCACGCAUACCUAUGCAAUCAAGCAGGAAACAUUUCCGAAGGGUCUCUUGAAGUGAUCUGGAACUACCAGUCGCUCUCAGAGAUCCGGAAGGCCCUGUUUGAUGGCGUGGACUCGGCAGCGGUUCCUAUCGAAGCGUUUGUCAAGCUUCUGGGCACCAAAGGCAGAAUGGUAAAUUUCUCAUACUGUUCCCGGGACGUUACCAAAAACGAGCCGGCAGCCACUGUCGAGUUCCGCCAACACCAAGGCACUCUCGAAGGCGACGACGUUCUUCACUGGGCUCGUCAUUGUACGGCCCUCGUCGCGCUGGCUGAGAGAUAUGCCAUCAAAAACACAAGGUGUUAUAUCACCAAUUGGGACGACACAAUCGACAUCGAGCAGCUGUGGAGGGAGAUGGUUUUGCCCGAAUCAACCAAGCAAUUCUAUCGUAAUCGCAUCCAGGAAUAUGAUGUGCGUUGGCCCGACGUGCACCAGACGCCUCUUUGUGAACCCGACAUGGUAUUCGAUGACGAUUUUUCUUUUUCUGACGAGGAGUUUGAGGACUCGGAGCCAAGUAUGACUGAGACCGAAGUACAGGAGAAGUGUUAA